AUGUCUCCACUUAAGUUUCUCGUCCUUUUUGUGGCCCUCGUGGCUCUUGUGAGUGCUCAGGAACAGCAACAGGAUACCAAUAGACAAGCUGAAGAAUCUCAAGACCUUGUGGUACCUGAACAGCCCGCUGACGAGCAGGCCCGUAAGGCUCGUGGAAUUGGCUUUGGAGCCGGUAUCGGAGUGUAUGGAGGAAUUGGAAUCGGUGGCUUCGGAGGUGGGUAUGGCAGACCCUACGGUGGAUACGGUCACGGAGGAUACCAUAGUCCUUAUGGAGGAGGCUAUGGCUACGGAGGAGGUUACGGAUAUGGCAGACCUCACGGAGGAUAUCACGGUCAUGGUGGAUACCAUGGCGGUCACUAUGGUGGCUACCAAGGUGGUCACUAUGGAGGAUAUCAUGGCGGUCAUUACGGAGGAUACCAUGGUGGACACUACGGAGGAUAUGGAGGCCACCAUGGAGGUUACGGUUACGGUCAUGGACACGGCGGAUGGUUCUAA